CAGGCCGCGUAUACGGUAUGAUUAUUCUCGUCUCUCGCUCUUCCUCUAGACGCCCAUCCACACCGCCACAGGUACCCUUGAAAAUCCCCUCUUUCUUCCUCUUUCAAUUCCGCAUACAACAACAACCACAACGAAAUCAACAACAACCAUAACGAAAGCAAGAUGGUUUUCAUAAGAUCCUUCCACAACGAAACCCUAUUCGUUGAUCUCCCCCCCAAAACCACAUCCCUUUUCUCCCUCAAACUCUCCAUCCAAAACCAUUUCAACAUCCCAAUCCCCCUCCAACGCUUCUUCUUCUCCUCCAAACCCCUUUUCUCCCACAACGAUUCCACCGCUAUUGCCGCCCUCGGCGUAAAUACCAAUUCUACCCUCACUCUCCACAUCCCCCUCCUCGGCGGCAUGCAGGCCCCUGUUUCCAAACCCCCCCGCCUCGAAUUCCUCAACACCAAACCCCCUCCCAACUACGUUGCCGGCCUCGGCCGAGGUGCCACCGGCUUCACCACUCGUUCCGACAUCGGCCCUGCCCGCGCUGCCCCUGAUCUCCCAGACCGCUCCGCAACCACCAUCGGUGGUGCUGCCGCCCCUGCUGGCCGUGGCCGCGGCAGGGGCGGGCCUGGCGGUGCUGACGACAACGAAGAGGAUGAUGAACCCGAUGAAAAGGGCUAUGAUGAAAACCAGAAAUUUGAUGAGUUUGAAGGCAAUGACGUCGGCCUCUUUGCUUCAGCUGAGUACGAUGAGGACGAUAGGGAAGCAGAUGCAGUGUGGGAGAGCAUUGACAAGAGAAUGGAUUCGAGACGCAAGGACCGUCGGGAAGCACGGCUAAAACAGGAGAUUGAGAAGUACCGUGCUUCGAACCCCAAGAUUACAGAGCAGUUUGCAGAUUUGAAGCGCAAGUUGUACACACUGUCGGCAGAUGAGUGGGAUAGCAUUCCAGAGAUCGGUGUCAAUUCGCUGCGGAACAAGAAGAAGCGGUUCGAGAGCUUCGUUCCUGUUCCAGACACAUUGCUGGAGAAGGCCCGCCAGGAACAGGAGCAUGUCACAGCAUUGGAUCCCAAGAGCCGGGCUGCUGGUGGGACUGAGACUCCAUGGGCCCAGACGCCUGUUACAGAUCUAACGGCUGUUGGUGAAGGGAGAGGCACUGUUUUGUCAUUGAAGCUUGAUCGAUUGUCGGAUUCAGUUUCUGGGCUGACAGUUGUUGAUCCGAAGGGAUACCUGACUGAUCUUAAGAGCAUGAAGAUCACAAGCGAUGCGGAGAUUUCGGAUAUUAAGAAGGCGAGGUUGCUGCUUAAAUCAGUCACGCAGACAAACCCGAAACACCCACCAGGUUGGAUUGCGGCAGCCCGGCUGGAGGAGGUUGCAGGUAAGAUCCAGGCAGCCCGGCAGCUGAUACAGAAGGGGUGUGAGGAGUGCCCGAAGAAUGAGGACGUGUGGUUGGAGGCAUGCCGGCUAUCAAAUCCAGAAGAGGCUAAGGCUGUGAUUGCACAGGGUGUGAAGGCAAUACCCAACUCGGUGAAGCUGUGGAUGCAGGCUGCCAAGCUUGAGCAUGAUGAUGUGAACAAGAGCCGGGUGUUGAGGAAAGGGCUUGAGCAUAUACCAGAUUCUGUGAGGCUUUGGAAGGCAGUUGUGGAGCUGGCAAAUGAGGAGGAUGCAAGGCUGCUGCUUUCUCGGGCUGUGGAGUGCUGCCCAUUGCAUGUUGAGCUGUGGCUCGCGCUUGCAAGGCUGGAGACGUACGAUCAGGCGAAGCGUGUCCUUAACAGAGCGAGGGAGAAGCUAUCAAAGGAGCCUGCGAUUUGGAUUACGGCUGCCAAGCUCGAGGAGGCAAAUGGUAAUACAUCAAUGGUUGGGAAGAUAAUUGAGAGGGGUAUUCGGUCCUUACAGAGGGAAGGAUUGACGAUUGAUAGAGAAGCUUGGAUGAAAGAGGCAGAGGCUGCUGAGAGGGCUGGGUCUGUCGCGACGUGCCAGGCGAUUAUCCGCAACACUAUUGGCAUUGGGGUGGAAGAAGAAGAUAGGAAGAGGACAUGGGUCGCUGAUGCAGAGGAGUGCAAGAAGAGAGGUUCAAUCGAGACUGCCAGAGCUAUCUAUGCUCAUGCGCUUACUGUGUUCCUAACCAAGAAGAGCAUAUGGCUCAAGGCGGCGCAGCUUGAGAAGAGCCAUGGAACCCGAGAGUCACUCGAUGCAUUGCUACGGAAGGCUGUCACUUACAGGCCGCAGGCUGAGGUCCUUUGGCUGAUGGGCGCAAAAGAGAAAUGGCUUGCAGGGGAUGUGCCGGCGGCCCGUGCGAUCUUGCAGGAAGCAUAUGCCGCUAUACCCAAUUCAGAGGAGAUUUGGCUCGCUGCAUUCAAGCUUGAAUUCGAGAACCACGAGCCUGAGAGAGCGCGGAUGCUUCUUGCAAAAGCCCGUGAGAGGGGGGGCACGGAGAGGGUGUGGAUGAAAUCAACAAGCGUUGAGAGAGAGUUGGGGAACACCCCGGAAGAGAGGAGAUUGCUUGAGGAGGGGCUGAAGCGCUUCCCUUCAUUUUUCAAGCUCUGGCUGAUGCUUGGGCAGCUAGAGGACCGGCUGGAUCACUUAGAGAAAGCUAAAGAAGCAUAUGAAUCUGGUCUGAAGCAUUGCCCGGCCUGCAUUCCCCUUUGGCUAUCACUUGCAAAAUUGGAGGAGAAGAUGAACGGGCUGAGUAAAGCUCGAGCAAUCCUCACCAUGGCCCGAAAGAAGAACCCUCAAAACCCAGAACUCUGGCUAGCCGCAGUUCGGGCUGAAUCAAGGCAUGGGAACAAGAAAGAAGCUGAUAUAUUGAUGGCAAAGGCGUUGCAGGAGUGCCCUACGAGCGGGAUUCUGUGGGCAGCAUCUAUCGAGAUGGUCCCACGUCCCCAACGGAAAACCAAGAGCAUGGAUGCACUCAAGCGGAGCGAUCAUGAUCCGCAUGUCGUUGCUGCUGUGGCAAGACUUUUCUGGCAUGACCGGAAGGUGGACAAGGCGAGGAGCUGGUUUAACAGGGCGGUGGCUCUUGCUCCAGACAUUGGGGAUUUCUGGGCUUGGUACUACAAGUUUGAGCUCCAGCACGGGAGUGAGGAGCAGCAGAAGGAUGUCUUGAAGAGAUGUGUUUCUGCAGAGCCUAAGCAUGGUGAGAGAUGGACAGCAAUCUCCAAGGCAGUGGAGAACUCUCACCAGCCAGUAGAGGCCAUUCUGAAGAAAGCUGUGGUUGCUUUGGGGAAGGAAGAGAGUGCUGCUGCUGCUGUUGCCGAGGACAGCAAACCAUAGUAUGCUUUCCUUCCAAUUUGUUUUUACAGCUCUCAUGACUGAAGGAGGAGCUAAAGGUUUCAACUACUGACACUCUUCAUGAGACGAGGUACGAAUGGUAAUUUCGAUAGAUGUGCAGGUUGAGCUAUGAUGUGGAUGGAGUCAAAAGGUUAAGUUUUACAAGCAUAAGUAUAGAAUACUUGGAAUUUCGCUGAUUCAAUGUAACUUGAAUGCUAUAUGUUUUAGUAGUUAUAUUUUGAGCUUUGCUAAGAGCACAAUCA